GGGUGUCGUAUUUCAAUUUAUACAAAUACUGUGCCAACUGUGCAUAGUCGGUGAUUCUUUAUGCGGGUGGUUGGACGCUUUAGCCUCGCGAUUACGCGCCCUAACCCAACAACAACUUGACAACAACAACAUUUAUGCGGGUGGGAGCAGGUGGGAGUGUGCGAUGUUUGAAUUGGUAGACUGGUGUUGGAUUAAAAUACCAUACAUUUUAAUUCAAAUAAGAUACCUAUCAGUCACGGAUACCUCAAGGGAACCUCAACAUACCAAUACACGGUGCAAAGAAAAAUGUUGCGGAGGACCGCGCUCCUCGUGUCCAGCCGCGCCGCUGGCCAGAUGGUGCGGCUGUCCACGUCGGCCGGCCGGCCGCGCCGUGCGCCACGACUCGUGAAGGUCACUAAUCAGAAGCUGGAGCCGCAGUACCUGACGCCCUCCGAGCCGAUGGUGCCUGUGUACGACUUGCUGAACAUCCGACUCCAGGCGUACGACUUUGCCGUGCUGGAACACUACGCCAAGUGGGUGCACCGCAUGUUGCGGGCCGUUGACGUCGACGUCGAGGACUGCUGGGCGACUCCCCACACGAGUGCCCGCGUCACCCGGCUGAAACCAAACACGGCCAUUGUGGAGACCUCCUACGAUCUGAAUCUCUACGAGAGGAACGUCCAGUUGCGUGACCUGCCUACAACCAUGGCGCCAGUGGUGAUCGACCUGCUGCAGCACAGCACACCGCCGGGCGUCCAGGCGUGCCUGCAGCGCCACAAGAGCGAGUACGACGAGGUGCGCUAUGUGCCCGACCUGCAGCUCAAGGAGCUGAAACAGCAGCUGGCAGAGGUCGGCAUGGACCCCGACAAGCGGAAGAGGAGGGCGGCCCAGGAGGCGGCCGCAGCUGCCGCAGCGGCAGCAGCAGCGCCAGAGAAGAGCUAGUAGUGCGCGGGGAGAGGGGGGGGGGAGGUGGAGUGCGCGGCAGCGAGUGAUGAGGUGUGUCGUUUUGUUGUGCUGAUUUUGAAGGUGACUGAGGACCGUCUAAGGUGAUAAUUAUGAAGAGUUCUGCAAGUGGGAGUGAAAAAUCGUUGUGGUGCUGCCAGAUGCUCGUAAAUGUAGUUUUGAAUAUACGAAUGCGUGGAUUGAAAGGA